GUAGAGAAGGCGCGUCUUCCGGUUUGCUGUCUUUUGCCGUUCGGCCGUCGAGGAGGAGGAGUCGUCGUCACUUUGUGGACGAAAAGGAGCAAAACAUGGCGAAGCUGAACUUGUGUGUCUUGUUUGUCGCGGCUGCGCAAAUCCACAGCGUGACGCCCGUGCUUCACACGCUCAAGUAUUUAAUGACAGCAUCGUCUCAAAUUCCAAACAUCCCAGACUACUUUGAGGUCGGUUAUGUUGACGACGUUCCGAUUUCGCGCUACGACAGCAAGAGCAGGAAAACAAAACCCAAACAGGACUGGAUGAACAAAAUCACAGCAGAUGAUCCUCACUACUGGGAGAGACAGACACAGAACGGUAUUGGUCAUGAGCAGAUCAACAAAGUCAACAUCGAAACUGCCAAAGAGCGCUUCAACCAAACUGGAGGUGUUCACAUGUUCCAGCGGAUGUCCGGCUGCGAAUGGGACGACGAGACCGAUGAGGUUGAUGGUUGGGAACACUACAGUUACGAUGGAGAAGCCUUCAUCUCGUUGGAGGUGAAGACAAUGAGAUGGAUCGCAGCUCACCCACAAGCUUUCGUCACCAAACUCAAGUGGGACCGGAACGAACAUUUGAAUCUAAACAAGAAGCACUACUACACUGAGAUUUGUCCUUCUUACUUGAAGAAGUUUGUGACCAAUGGGAGGGACUUCCUGAUGAGAACAGAGCUUCCCACGGUGUCUCUCCUCCAGAAGACGCCGUCCUCUCCGGUCACCUGCCACGCGACGGGUUUCUACCCCAGCGCGGCCGCCCUGUUUUGGAGGAAGGACGGCGAGGAGCUCCACGAGGACGCGGAGACGGGAGAGACCCUCCGCAACCACGACGGAACCUUCCAGAUGACGGCCGACCUGAAAGCGGAGGUGACCGAUGAAGCCGAGGGCCGCUACGAAUGCGUGUUCCAGCUGUCCGGCGUGGCGGACGACAUCGUCGUCAAGCUGGAGAGAAGAAGCAUCCGGAGCAACGCGCGCAUCCGAGAGGAAGAAAAGAGGAAGAUGGCGCUGGCCGUCGCUGUCCCGCUGGCGGUCCUCGCUCUGGCGGCGGCGGCGGUCGCGGUCCUCGUCAAGCUUUACAAAAGCAGACGAGCCAAAUACGAUCCAGCUUCCGUCGACGCCGAUUCCGAGCCCGCCUCCGAACCCGCCGCUCCGACGCCCGCUUCCGAGUCAGACGCAGCCGCCGUCGCACGGUGUCGGAACACGAGAGAGACGUCUCCAUCGAGCGCUUUCUCAUCACGCUUGGGUUUGAAAACAGAGAUGAGAUUUUUUCUUCACGCAGACAAUUUGUGCAAUGAAGAUGUUUCUGUUAAGCCACGCCCAGAACCGCUUUCACGUCAACAAACAACUCAGUCCAUUUGUACGUCGAUCAGAAUGUGACAAUGUUGUUGGUGGCACUUGUUUUUUUUUUUUUUAACUUGGGAUAGAAAUUUGGAGCAAUAAAUUGAUGAUCAAUGACAAAUUGCAAAAUGGAGUGCACUCCUUGGCUGCGACCAGCAGAGGCGCUGUUGAUUCACGCCCAGCGGCUUUGCUGCCGAAACGAGUUCAGCACGACGUCGACCAGACACAGACGCCACUACAGCGCAACUCCAAGUGGAAUAAAACAUAAAUAAUACACUC